CGGCGCCUUGGAGGGUUCUCCUCAGGAUCGUCCGAUCAAAAACAUUCACACAAAAACACGCAGAGAAAAUAAUAUUCUUUUUCUCUUCGCUUUUAGCCGCUGUUGAUACUCCCGUUCGAGACAAUGGCGUCCGAUCUUGCAUCGAGUCCCUUGAGACCUUUGUUUCCCAAUCAAAUAAGUAAGGUGAAGAAAGGUGAUGAUCGUCGAUUGUCUGUUGAAAGAAUCUACCAGAAAAAAACACAGUUGGAGCAUAUUUUGCUCCGUCCUGACAGUUACAUUGGCUCAGUGGAGCCAGUUUCACAACAAAUGUGGGUGUUUGAUGAAGAAGUUGGCCUAAACUGCAGAGAAGUAACUUUUGUUCCUGGUUUGUACAAGAUAUUUGAUGAAAUUCUAGUAAAUGCAGCUGAUAACAAGCAGAGGGAUAAAAACAUGUCAUGCAUCAAAAUCAACAUUGAUCCUGAAAACAACACCGUUACUGUCUGGAACAAUGGAAAAGGAAUUCCUGUUGUGGAACAUAAAAUAGAGAAGGUUUUUGUUCCUAAUCUAAUUUUUGGCCAGUUACUGACCUCCAGCAACUAUGACGAUGAUCAGAAGAAAGUUACUGGUGGUCGCAAUGGUUAUGGUGCAAAACUCUGCAACAUUUUCAGCACCAAGUUUACAGUAGAAACUGCUUGUAGGGAGUACAAGAAAUGCUUCAAACAGACUUGGAUGAACAAUAUGGGAGAUGCUAAAGAAGCUAAAAUCAAGUCCUUUGACGGUGAUGACUACACUUGUAUCACUUUUCAACCUGAUCUUCCUAAGUUCAAAAUGCAGACACUUGAUAAAGACAUUGUGGCGAUCAUGUCACGAAGAGCGUAUGAUAUUGCUGGGACUUGUAAAGGAGUCAAAGUAUUCCUAAAUGGCAAGAAAUUACCUGUUUCUGGAUUCCGUAGCUAUGUGGAUCUUUAUGUAAAAGAUAAAGUGGAUGAAACGGGUAGCUCACUUAAAAUAAUCCAUGAAGUUGUAAAUGAACGGUGGGAAGUCUGUAUGACUAUGAGUGAGAAAGGCUUCCAACAGAUAAGCUUUGCAAACAGCAUUGCUACCACAAAGGGUGGAAGACAUGUUGAUUACGUCACUGACCAAUUAGUGAACAAACUAAUUGAGGUUGUCAAGAAGAAAAAUAAAGGAGGUGUUGCAGUGAAGCCAUUUCAGGUCAAGAACCAUCUUUGGGUCUUUGUGAACAGCUUGAUUGAGAACCCAACUUUUGACUCCCAGACCAAAGAGAAUAUGACCCUUCAAGCAAAGAACUUUGGAUCCCAAUGUGUGUUGUCAGAAAAAUUUAUCAAAGCGGCAAUGAAUUGUGGUGUCGUUGAAAGUAUCAUGAACUGGGUGAAGUUUAAAGCUCAGAAUAUGCUCAACAAGAAAUGCUCAGGAUUAAAACAAACCAAGAUCAAAGGAAUUCCUAAACUGGAUGAUGCUAAUGAUGCUGGAACAAAGCAUUCUCAUAGUUGUACCCUCAUCCUAACAGAGGGUGAUUCAGCCAAAACUUUGGCUGUAUCGGGUCUAGGAGUUGUUGGAAGAGACAGAUAUGGCGUGUUUCCACUUAGAGGGAAACUUCUCAAUGUACGAGAAGCCUCUCACAAACAGAUUAUGGAAAAUGCUGAGAUCAACAACAUGAUAAAAAUCAUUGGUCUGCAAUACAAGAAGAAUUAUGAUGAUCAGGAGUCUCUUAAGACACUUCGUUAUGGAAAAUUGAUGAUUAUGACAGAUCAGGAUCAAGAUGGGUCACAUAUCAAGGGCUUAGUAAUCAAUUUCAUUCAUCACAACUGGCCUUCAUUGCUCAGGCAUAAUUUCGUUGAGGAAUUUAUUACUCCAAUUGUAAAGGUGUCAAAAAACAAGCAGGAAAUUGCAUUUUACAGUAUUCCUGAAUUUGAAGAGUGGAAAAGUAAUACAGAGAACAACAAGACUUGGAAAAUAAAAUACUACAAAGGUUUGGGUACGAGCACUGCUAAGGAGGCAAAGGAAUAUUUUGCUGAAAUGCAGAGGCACCGUAUCCCCUUUAAAUAUAAUGGACCGGAAGAUGAUUCUGCAAUAACCCUGGCAUUUAGUCGGAAAAAGAUUGACGAACGCAAAGAAUGGCUGACUAACUUCAUGGUUGACAGAAGACAGCGAAAGUUGCAUGGAUUACCAGAUCAAUAUUUGUAUGGAAAAGAAACAAAAUAUUUGACUUUCAAUGACUUUAUCAAUAAGGAACUGGUGCUCUUCUCAAAUUCUGAUAAUGAGAGGUCAAUUCCUUCUCUUGUGGAUGGAUUGAAACCUGGUCAGCGCAAAGUUUUAUUCACCUGUUUUAAACGAAAUGACAAACGUGAAGUCAAAGUUGCUCAAUUGGCUGGUUCUGUUGCUGAAAUGUCAGCCUAUCAUCAUGGUGAGGCAUCCCUUAUGAUGACAAUUGUUGGAUUAGCUCAGAACUUUGUCGGCAGCAAUAAUAUUAAUCUUCUGAAGCCAAUUGGUCAGUUUGGUACAAGGCUUAAUGGUGGCAAAGAUGCUGCAAGUCCUCGAUACAUUUUCACUAUGCUCAGUACUUUGACUCGUCUGCUGUUUCCUGCAAUGGAUGAUAACCUCUUGAAAUACCUGGAUGAUGAUAACCAGCGAGUUGAGCCAGAAUGGUACAUGCCUAUCAUUCCUAUGGUGCUAGUGAAUGGUGCAGAAGGUAUUGGCACAGGAUGGGCUUGCAAAAUCCCCAAUUAUGACACAAGAGAAAUUGUUGAUAAUAUCAGACGUAUGCUGGAUGGCGAUGAACCAUUGCCCAUGCUUCCUAAUUACAAGAACUUCAAGGGUACAAUUUUUGAAUUGGGUGCUAAUCAGUACAUCAUUAAUGGUGAAAUUUCAGUAUUGGAUACCACAACAAUAGAAAUUUCUGAACUUCCAAUCAAGACAUGGACUCAGACUUACAAGGAACAGGUACUAGAACCAAUGUUGAAUGGAACAGAAAAGACGCCAUCACUGAUCACGGGUUACAAGGAAUACCACACAGAUACCACUGUACGUUUCAUAGUAACAAUGACUGAACAGAAACUGGCUGAGGCAGAAGCAGCAGGACUGCACAAAGUCUUCAAACUAAAUGUCCCUCUCACGUGCAAUUCAAUGGUGUUAUUCGACCAUGUUGGAUGUCUGAAGAAGUAUGAAAAUAUACAAGACAUACUGAAAGAGUUCUUUGACUUACGGUUUAAAUACUAUGGUUUAAGAAAGGAUUGGCUUGAGGGAUUACUAGGAGCAGAAUUUGGAAAAUUAAGCAACCAGGCUCGUUUUAUCUUGGAGAAGAUUGAAGGCACAUUGGUCAUUGAAAACAAACCAAAGCGUGAACUGAUCCAGUUACUGCUCGACCGAGGUUAUGAUUCAGAUCCUGUGAAAAGCUGGAAAGAAUCUCAGGAUAAGGAGCAAGAAUCUGAGCUGGAAAAUACAGAAGAAGAGGAAUCUACCAUUUCAUCCGGGGCAGAUUUCAACUAUCUUUUGAAUAUGCCUUUGUGGUAUCUGACCAAGGAAAAGAAGGAUGAACUGCUUAAGCAGAGAGAUGUCAAAGAAAAAGAAUUGAAAUCUCUGAAAAGGAAAAGCCCAGCAGACCUAUGGAAGGAAGACCUGGCAGCCUUCAUCGAGGAGCUUGAGCGUGUGGAGAUGCAGGAGAAAGAUGAUGAAUUGGCUCACGUUGGUAAAGCUGUUAAAGCUAAAGGUGGUAAGGGUAAAAUGAGGAAGCUGCAGUUGGAAGAAACUAUGCCAUCUCCUCAAGGCAGAAGGGUGGUCCCCAGAGUUACUUCUGCAAUGAAGACAGAGGCCACUAGAAAAAAUAUCAAAAAAAAGGGAAAGGGUGAAACGGAUUCUCUUGCUGUUAAGAUGGAGUUUGGUGAUAAAGAGGCAAGUUCUCCUGAACAUGUAAGCCUUGCAGAACGAAUUUCCAAGAAAGUGAAAACUGAAGCAGGGACCAAGACAAAGCCAACAGCUCAGAAACAAACUAAACUUCAAUUUAAACCUCUUGCAAAGAAAAAGAAUUCCUGGUCAGAUUCAGAUUCAAUGUCAGAAUCGGAUGGUGACAUGGAGAUUGUUGAUCUUCCUCCCAGACAGAAACAACAAAGGGCUGCAGCUUCAAAGGCCAAAUACAUGCUUGGAUCAUCUGAUGAGGAUGAUGAUAAUGGUGAUAAAAUGAUGAGUGAAGAGGAGAGUGGUGAUGAAUUUCAUAUUUCUGACAGUGGUACUGAAUUCUCCAAACCAAAGGCAAAUUGUACCCUUAAAAAAGCCCAGUCAAAGCCUUCAGCAAAAUCUGUUCCCCAGGAGAUUGAAAUUUUCCAAUCAUCACAGGCAUCUUCGAAAACAUCUGGGGAGGACAUGGAAAAGAAUAUUCCUCAAGUUGUUGAUGAGUCUUUAUCCUCUUCUGAUUCUAUUAAUGAACCUGAAGAUCCCCCAAUCCAUUCCAACACUUCUAAACCAAUAGCAAAGAAAGCAGCAGCCAAACCAGCUGGUGAAAAGGCAGCACCAAAAAAACGUGCUAUUGGCAAGAAAUCCACCAGUGUUUCUAAGAAAGAUGAAAACCAACCUUCUAUCUUUGAUGUUCUCACCAAACAAAAGGCUGCUCCAAAAUUUUCCAAGACUGCUAUGAAAGCAAAAAAUAAAACAUCUUCUGAUGAUGACAAUGUUACAAAGAAAGCUGCACCAGCAAAGGCUAAAAAAACUAAAAGAAAGAAGGACUCUGACUCAGAUUCAGAAUUUGAUUUUGGGUCGAAACCCGCAAAGACUACUGCAAACAAAAAAAGCAAGACGGUGGAAGAUGACAGUUACCAUAUCGAUAUUGAUGAAGACUCCAAUUCAAGUAUUGAUCUAGAUGGAGCACCUCCUAGAGUGACAAGCCGUGCAAAAAAGCCUGUUCAGUACUUGGAGGACUCUGAUGAUGAUGAUUUAUUCUAAGUUUCUAAAUAUCUACACCCAGUUAAUAUGUGCACUGCCAAUUUUGGUACUAAGCUAUGUAGACCAAGAAAAUUCUAGUAAUGGCCUUAUAAUGCUACUUUAUAUGAAGUAGUACUCAGUGGCACAGGUUUUCCUAGGCAUGUAGUGUGGACAUUCUUCAUGGGUGAAAGUCAAACAUGAUUCCUGCUCCUAGCAACUGCUGGGGAAAAUGCACAUGAUUGACUUUGAAUGAGAACUGGGCUGAAUAGCCCUCAAACGGCUAUUUUCUAAAUUUUUGUAUGAAGAACAAUCUAAGACUGAAAGUGCCUGUGGAAAGAUACAGAAUUGUGGAAAACCAUUUCAGAAAGAUGUUUCUGAUUUUUAGUUCCAAUUUUGCCUGUCUGUAAAUAUUUGCUGAUAACUGAUUCUUACACUCUCACUCGACUGUUCUCUUACACUUUUUAACUUCUUAAAAUUUCUGAAAUAAAAGGUUUUUGUAAAAAGUA